UAAAACUGAUAAAUCCAUUGAAAAUUCUAAAACAGAGAAGAAAUCAGAGAGAGAUCAAGAAGAUUCUAUAGAUACAGUCCAUGUCGAUGACGAUCAACCUAGCUCGAAGAAAGGAGAUGAAAGGAAAAUUGAUUCUCCUAUUGAAAAGUCGAACGAAGAAAGGGAGGAAGAAAAAGAAGAAAACAGUCUAAUUGUAGACGAUAUUGAUGAUUUAGACGAUAUUUUAGAUUUACCAAUCAGCAAUCAAGAUGAACCAAAAAAACCCACGAAGAAAAAGGCUACAAAGAUAAAGCCUGAAAAGCCAAAUAUGGAAUCUAGUCCGAAAAAUGAUCAUGCUACUGAUGAUGACUCGGAAAGAAUGGAGAUGAUUAAUAAAUUAGACGCGAUGGUUGACAAAAAUAUCGAAAAUGUUAUAACUGGGAAUGUCGAUAGCGCCGAACAGGACAGAAACAGUGUUGAUGAGGAAACUAUAGAAAAAUUAAGGCAACAGGUUGAUCAAUUCCUGAAUUCAUAGACAAGGUCUUAUCAUUUUUCAUGAUAAAAUACCAUAAACAGCAAUAUUGUUCUUUUAAUUUCUUUCAGACAAUUGAAUUGAUUAUCCUUUUAAUUUUUCUCACAAAAAAUCAAUUACAACAGAACUUUUACUUUCAAUGUAAAACUACAGAGGGCAUCACCCUAAGCUAAUCUUUAUAUUCACUUUACUGACAGGCAAUACUUAUUCAAUGAUAUAGUUUUUACAUGAAAUUCACAAUAUUUAGGAUUUUUAAAUUAAUUUAAAGGCACAACUUUUCAAUGUAAAAGUCAACUUAAUGCUUCUAUAAUCGAACGUAGACGGUAUUUGCAUAUUUUGAAAAUCCUCUUGAUAACAAAUCCAAAUUUCUCUGUAUGGCCUUACAUUGCUUGUGACUAAGCAAUGCGUUAACAAGAUCUCUGAAAUAUCUAUGUGUAUUUUGCUCUUGACGAGUCGUAGGAUAUUCAAAAACAUCACACAAGUCGGGCGGUUCAUAUAUAACUUUUAUUAAUUUAUCUAGUGUUUUACCAACUUCGCGUCUGAAGGACGAAUUUAAGGGAAACGCCUUUCUAUAUUUACCAAAAUUAUCCACAUAGUAUUUAGUAUGAAAAUGGAAAGAAAUAUUUAUCAAACAUCCACCCAAAUCACAGGCCUGUCUCAAAGAUAAGUUAUUAUUCGAUCCUUUAGUUGAACCAGGAAGAUAGUUAUCAUCAAAAAUUAUAUGUUUAAAUCCAAAAUUAGACGCUUGAAUUAUUCUUUUAUAAACUGAUUGGUGAUCAUCGAAAUAUACCAUAGUUUUAUCAAAAUCUACUUUCUCUUUUAGCCAAUCGAUUUUACUAAAGUCAUAGAAGUUACCUCCUGUGUAAUAUUUUGUUUGUGUCGCGUUAUCAACAUAUCUUUUUGGUGCUUUUGGAGAAAUGAUAGUAAUUCUUGCAUUAGGUAAAGCCUUACGAAUAAGCCAUGUCUUUUGUAAUAAAGUGUUAAAAAAGGAUCAAUAUGCUUCCUGAAAUUAAUUGAAUUCAGGUGAGGAACAAGAUGAUGAUUUCUUCCACACGUGUAUAAGACACUUUUUCUUUUCUUUGAGGUAAAACAAUCCCUUACUUCAAAAUUUCUUCUUCUAAAGAUUACAUUGUCGUCUAGAAUACGGGUUUUGGAAUUUUUGGAGUAUAGCUGAACGUAACAAAGAAAAAAAGAUGAUAGAGUAAGAGUUACCAUCAAAAAAUAUAUUCUUCUAAAGUACAUGACUAUGCUCCAGUUAUAAUAAUUAAUUCAUUUUUGAAGUUAGCAAGUUGAGACAAUGAGAAUCAAAAAAGCUUUGCGCUUUUUACAAAAAGAAAUCGUAUAAAAAAAUGGAUCUACUGGAGACAACCUUAAUAAUUGAUAGUGUUCAUUUUCAAAAGGACAAUUUGGCAAAUGGUUCCUGCAAUUCUAAUACUGAAUUUUCAUGUGCUAAUCUUGGUGAAUGUGUUAGUCGGUUAAAAGUUAAUAAUGGAGUUCGAGAUUGUUCGGAUAACAGUGAUGAAGUAAACUAUAACUGUUCAAUAGCGAAUCCAGCAAAGUUUCAAUGCAAUGACUUAACAUGUAUAUCAAUAGACUUUGUAGCAGAUGGUGUUAAAGACUGUCAGGAUUUUUCUGAUGAAAUGAAGAUUAUUGGUUCCAACUGCGAUAUUUCCAAUAACUGUGCGGGAUGUGACUGCUCAGAUUUCGUAUCACAUUCUGUUUGUACUGGAUCUCCUAAACUUUGUCAAUGUGACGCUGGAAGAAAAGUAAAUGCCUUAAAGACAGAGUGUCAAUUAAGAACUUUAGGAGAUUCCUGUUCGGUAGACUUGGAUUGUUCAGCAGCAGUUCAAGAUGCAACUUGUACUAGUUUAGUUUGCAGUUGUAGAACCGGUUUUUAUGUUGGAUUAAAUGGAAAUUCAUGCAUUAGAAGAAGAUACGGCGAUCAAUGUAAUGUCAACGUUGAUUGCAGUGAAGCGUUUUCAAAUAGUAACUGCACAAGAAGUAAAUGCUUAUGCAAUUCAGGAUAUUAUCCAAGUAAUGAUUUUGCAUCGUGUAUCAAAAGAAUAAUUGGUGACACAUGCCAAUUAUCAACAGACUGUUCUCACGCUAUUGCGAAUUCUGAUUGCUUCGUUGGACAAUGCGGCUGUGUAUUAGGUUAUCGGUCACGAUCGUCAAACACUGUAUGUGGAAAGAGGGUUUUAGGAGAUUCAUGUCAAACUCUGUAUGAUUGUGCAACACCUAUCAGUGGUGCUGUUUGCGGGAUAGCAUCAACUUGCGUCUGUCGGUUGGGAUAUGCUGGUUUGGUUGGAGAGGGCGUUUGUACUAAAAGAGAAAUUGGCGCAUCUUGUAGUGUCGAUCCAGACUGCUCAUCUGUCAUUUUUAAUGGAGAUUGUAUAUCUGGAACAUGCAAAUGUGCAGUUGGAUAUAAACAAAUUACCACAAGCAAUUGUCAAAAGAGAAAUCUUGGCGACUCUUGUACCACAAACAGCGAUUGUAGUACUUUGACUGAACAUUCAAUUUGCUCAGGCUCCAUUUGCGUUUGUGAACAAAAGUAUUAUCCAACGAAUAAUAGAUGCUUCGAAUUACAAAUUGGGUUGACCAUGUGUUCGUCGAAUACGUUUUGCAGCUCUAGAAUAUCAAAUAGCUUUUGUAAAGAUGGUAUAUGCGCUUGCGUCGAUCCCUAUGGUCCCUCUAAUGGCGGUCGUGAAUGUAAGAAAGUAUUAUCAGGGGACAGUUGUUCUAAAGAUACCGAUUGUGUAAUUUUAGAAAAUAGCGUUUGUCAAGGAUCAAAAUGUGCUUGUAAAUCAAGUUUUGUAGCAUCAACUGAUAACCUUUACUGUAUACCUAAGAAAAUCGGAUCAUUUUGCAGUGAUAGCUCAGAAUGUGAGAAUAUUGCUAAUUCAUAUUGUGGAGCUGGUAUUUGUUCUUGCAGAAGUACUUAUCGGCAGCAAAAUGGAAAGUGUGAAAAGAUUGUUAUUCGCCUUACUUCUUGCACGACGAAUUCUAUUUGUACAAGUUUAAUAGCAAAUUCCAGAUGUGUUGAUGGUUUUUGCGAUUGUAAACUCGGUUAUAAACAGAAUGCUGAUGAAACUGGGUGUAUAUCAACAAAAAUACCAUCGUGUACAACCGAUUUAUCUUGCCAAUCUAUUUAUCAAUUUUCAGUUUGCAUUUUAAAUAAAUGCGUUUGUAAAAAUGGAGAAUUUAUUAAUGGAAAUAAAUGCGAAAAGAAAAACGUUGACGGAUAUGAAUGUUCAAAUGAUCAAAUUUGUUUUGAUCAAGAUCCAUUGUCUAUCUGUAAUGGAAACAAAUGUCAGUGUAUAACUGGUUAUAUACCAACUAACGGUAAUACAGCUUGCAAGAAGUUUAUAAAGGUUGGAGAUAGUUGUACAAAUUUUGAAUGCUCAGUAAAUAAUUCAGAGUGUAAAAAUGAAAAAUGUGAAUGCAAAUUUGAAUAUCAAUCGUCGAAAAAUGAUGAAUCUUGCGAUAAGAAAAUCUUACCCACUGCAAUAUGUUCAACAACUACUGAAUGUACAACUCUAUUUAAAGAUUCUAUUUGUUUGAACGAAACUUGCGUUUGUCCCGAAGGAAGUGGUAUAACUGAUUUUGGUACUUCCUGUACGAAAAUUGAAAUUGUUAAUAGAGGUUGCCAAUCGAAUAGGGAAUGUGGUACCCAAAAUGCAAUCUGUAGUAAUACAACACAAAAAUGUACAUGCGAUGAAAAUUCUCUCUUAAAAGAUAAUUUCUAUUGUGAAAGAAAACCCCCAACCCUUGCACCGUCAAAGAAGAAAACAGACGAUUGCGAAUCAGUUAUAUGCAAACAUCCAUGGAUAGUUGCACCGGUCAUUGUAGCUGCUUUAUUAAUUAUUGCGGGAAUAAUUGCAUGGAUUACAUACUCCAAAUGGAAACCUCUGCUUAGAAAAAAGAAAAGAGUUGGAGAAGUCGACUCUAGUAUGGUAGAAGCAAUAAAGUCAGGACAUCCACCAGUAGAUACAAAGCUUCCAUCUAGGUCAUCUGCCGAAGCUGCACCAACACCUCCAAUAAGCCCUGUAACAGCAACAACUCCUAUAGAUGAAGGGUUCUCGAGGAGUAAUACUGUUAGCGAAGGACUAGUAUUUAAAAAUAAGAAAGAUCUUCUUUUAAGAGACGAUACGAUGAUAGCCUAA